GUCCGCGAAUUGUGAACGCUGUCGAAAAAUCGAACGCCGUCAAUUCAGAUGUUCAAAUAGCGAUUUGUAGAAUGGAAAUGGCAACGAAUUCGCUAGACAUAUGCGACUAGCGCGACCUUUCGGAUUAUGUAUCGUAUAAAUUUUCACAAAAACAUUGAAUUGCCGUGUUAUCAACGAGAUCUUGCGGAUUUGGCGAUUUCGAUAAGAUGUUCCGAAACCUGAGAUUGAUGCUUGGAAAAAUUCGGCAAGCGAAACCUUUCCAAUUAUGUGGACAGCGAUAUUUGCAAAACUUGAGGGAACCCUCUCAACCUUUAAAACGAUGCCCAAAAUGGGUGUGUGUGGAAGACGCAGUAAAGAUUAUAAAUUCAGAACACUUGGUUUUCAUACAAGGUGGUGCAGCCACGCCGAUGGAAUUAGUGCGCGCCAUGACCGAGCACGGAGUGUGCAAUAAUUUGCGUGGGGUCAGAUUAGUGCAUAUGAAUCUCGAGGGAGAUACACCGUUCGCCAAUCCGGAAUUUGAGAAGCAUUUCAGGUCCAUCAGUCUGUACGUGGGCGCUAAUCUCAGGGAGGCAGUAAAUGAGGGUCGGGCGGACUACAUCCCCGUAUUCCUGCACGAGGCGCCGAAGUUGUUCUUCGAGAAAAAAAUCGUGCCAGAUAUUGCGUUAAUCCACGUGAGCAUGCCGGAUGCACGUGGAUUCUGCUCGCUCGGCGUGAGCGCGGAUUUCACCCGUGCUGCAAUUUGCACUGCCAAAGUUCUUAUCGCGCAAGUAAACGAGCACAUGCCGAGGACGUUUGGCGACACGAUUAUCCAUUCGAGUCACUUCGAUUGGGCGGUGAGAUUUGACUGUCCACUGCCCUGCAUAGCUUGUCCAACGCCCAACGAACUCGAGCAAGAAAUCGGUAAGAUUAUCGCGCAGCGAUUGAUCGAGGACGGAGCGACGCUACAGCUCGGCAUAGGCUCCAUCCCCGACGCGGUGCUCUGCGUCUUGGGCAAUCACAAAGAUCUGGGCAUACAUUCUGAAAUCAUUUGCGACGCGGUGGUCGACCUGGUCCAUUACGGCAACAUCACGAACAAGUGCAAGACCAGGCACAGAGGACGCAUAGUCAGCUCCUUCGCCAUCGGCACGAAAAAAUUGUACGAUUUUCUGCACAACAAUCCGGCCGUCGAGAUGCUAGCGAUCAAUUACGUGAACGAUCCCCGAAUCAUCUCGAUGCAGCCGAAGAUGACGGCCAUCAACUCUUGCAUCGAGAUGGACCUCACCGGCCAGGUGUGCUCGGACAGUUUGGGUUGUAAGAUAUAUUCCGGUUUCGGCGGCCAGCUGGACUUCAUUCGAGGCGCGGCAAUCAGUCAGGACGGUCGUGGGAAAGCUAUCAUCGCGUUCCCCUCGGUUACCAGUCAAGGGGAGAGUAAGAUACAACCGGUGCUGAAACUCGGGGCCGGAGUAGUGGUAACAAAAGCUCAUGCUCAUUAUAUAGUCACGGAACACGGAGUGGCGAAUCUUUUUGGUAAAACCUUACGACAAAGGGCGAAUGCACUGAUCCAAAUUGCACAUCCUGAUCACAGAGAAUGCCUCGAAAAGGCCGCAUUCGAGCGCUUGAAAUCUAAUCCGACGAAAUAUCUAUAACACUUGUGAUAUGUAAAUGUAAGUCGUGGUAAUGGUCCAAGUCCUAUUCUGGUAGUAAAUUUUGAUAAGAAUAUUGAUAAGAAUAUACUGCAUUGGAAAACUAAUAAAUUUUAUAUUUUGUUGAUAAAUAUA